AUGUUUCUCUGCUCUCAGGACCCAGCGCGUCGUCACCUCCCUCCUCCGCAGCGCCCCCCUCCGGCCAGCCACCGCCACUGCGUCCAGACAGACGCUGUGCGCCCGGUGAACCGACCGCCGCCGAAGAGACAACACCGCCUCUGCGCUCAGCCCGACCCGCGACCGGCAAUGGACUACACGAACAACUCCUCCAACAGCCACGGCCCCGGAGACACCGUGACCUCCUCCUUAGCCGGCAUGAGCAUCAACGACCAGCACCACCAGGAGAACGGCGUCCAGAUGGGACACAGAAGCCCCGGAGACGCCAAAAUGACAGUUCACCUUCCCUCCACAGCAGCCGGAGGAAACGAGGUGAAACCCGAGUCCGAGCCGUGUCCGAGCGACGAGGCGCCGGCCGCUGAAGCGUCUGCUGAGGUCGUCGGAGUGGAAGCGUCCGAGCUCACAGAAGAGGAGGGGCCUCUCGCGAGGCCUGUGGCUGGAGUCCAGGGUGAGGUGGAGCUAUCGGGCGACGGAUCAAUGCUCGCUGAGGAGGGCGUUGACUUCCCGGGAGCUGCCUGCUCCGAGGACGCAGGAAACAAGAUGGCGGGAGAGUGCGGGAAGAGGCUGAGCGACUCCUCGUGGGCCUCUGAGGACCUCAGCUGCAGGUCAGAGGUCAGACGGGAGGCGGAGGCCGGCGGCGGCAGCCCCGAGCGAGCCGGAGCGGCCGACGCCCACCGGGCGAUCAGCCUGGACGCCGCCGAGUGUCUGUCGGAGAUGAACGACCUCUCGUCUUUAGUCAGGAGCACGGCUCUGGAAGACCUCACGUCCAUCGGGGACAGACGCUUGUUUCAAGGACAGGAGCUCGUCCCUGAGCAGGUGAGCGAUGGACUGACGGUCGAUGACGCAGCUCUGGAGUCCUGCAGCGACUCUGGAACCACAGACAUCGCUCCAGAAACUCAACCCACCCCUGAAGCCCAGCGUCUCUCACAACCUGCCUUCGAUCCUCAUUCAGAAGAUCUCCACCCAGCGAGCAGCGGCAGGGACGGUAGCCCACUAACCGAGACGCCGCCCGACAGGGGGGCUGAAAACGGGGCCUGCGACUCAGGCCCGGACAUUUCUAACGGCUUGGAGCGGAGCGGCGGUGGGGAUCGAACCACCGGUGCCGCCGAGCUGCCGAAAACACCCCCCCAAAGCUCGCCAGCCAGAAAGUCUAUGGUGCCGGUCGCCAUUUUCAAAGCUCAAGCAAAGAUGGAUAACGGCGCCGCAGAGAAGACUCAAACCGCCGCCUCACCACCGUCUGUAGUCACCAAGGGCAGCAAAACACAAGCGCCCCCCCGAACCGGCCACAGCUCCAUCCCCAUUAAAGCCAGCAGCCCGGGGGCCAGCAGCCCGGGGCCCAGGCCGCCCGGAACUGGUGCAAAGUUUCAAUCCCCAGGAGCAAAGAUGUCUGUGAGAACCGGAGCUCAACCAGCUAGUGCCAAGAAACCUCCCACUGCAAAAAAUGAAAAAGAUGCCAUGAGUGGACACAGCAGCCCUGGAGCUCCCAAGUCCCCGUCGGGCAAAGCACCUACUGCCAAGUCGGUGGCCGAGGCCAACAAGGUGAAGAAGGUCGCGGUGGUGCGCUCAACGCCCAAAUCCCCCGGCUCGCUGAAGAGCCGCCCGCCGGCUCCUCUGGCCGCCGCCGCGCCCAUCCCCGACCUGAAGAACAUCAGGUCCAAGGUCGGCUCCACAGACAACAUCAAGCACCAGCCUGGAGGUGGAAAGGUUCAGAUCCUGGAUAAGAAGCUGGAGCUCGGUGACGUCCAGGCUCGCUGCGGCUCUAAAGACAACCUGAAGCACACGCCCGGAGGAGGCAAGGUACAAAUUCUUGAGAAGAAGUUGGACUUAAGCAAUGUGCAGGCCCGGUGCGGCUCCAAAGAUAAUAUAAAACAUGUGCCCGGUGGAGGAAAUGUUCAAAUUGUGCACAAGAAGAUCGACCUGAGCACCGUUCAGUCCAAAUGUGGAUCGAAAGCCAACAUCCGUCACAAACCAGGCGGUGGAAACGUGGAGAUCAAAAACGAGAAGGUGGAGUUCAAGGGUCAGUCCAAGGUCGGCUCUCUGGGAAACAUCGGCCACGUCCCCGGAGGAGGACAGAGACGGAUUGAAAGCCACAAGCUGAGUUUCCGCGAGCAGGCCCGGGCCCGCACCGACCACGGCGCCGAGAUCGUGUCCUUGGAAGACUCCCCCCACCAGCUCAGCACCGUGUCCUCCUCCGGCAGCCUCAACAUGGCCGACUCCCCGCAGCUCUCCACGCUGGCUGACCAGGUGUCCGCCUCCCUGGCCAAACAGGGCUUGUGA